AUGAAGCUGUCUCCACGAGAACGGGAGAGCCUUUUGGUAUUCCAGGUUGGAUCCCUGGCCCAGCGGCGUCUCGCCCGGGGGGUAAGGCUUAAUCACCCCGAAGCCGUUGCCCUCAUCGCAUCACAGGUCCAGGAGAUGAUAAGAGACGGAUGUUCUGUAUCCGAGUUGAUGUCCAAAGGACGACAGCUUCUGGGUUACCGACAGGUAUUGCCUGGUGUACCUAGUAUGAUAGGAGAUGUUCAGAUAGAGGGAACUUUCCAGGACGGUACAAAACUGGUGACCGUGCAUAAGCCAAUAUGUCGACAAGAUGGAGAUCUUGAACUUGCUUUGUAUGGAAGUUUCCUACCAGUUCCCAGUAUGGAUGUGUUUGAUAGAAAUCUGCCUAAAGAUGAGACCUCUGAUAAUUCUGUAGACGCCCCUGUUCACGUGACCCCGGGUGAAAUGUGUGUUUCUCCUGGUGAACUUGAACUCAAUCAAGAUCGCAAGACUGUGACACUUGAAGUAACCAGUACCUGUGACAGACCAAUUCAGGUCGGUAGUCAUUACCACUUCCUGGAGGUUAACAAAUAUCUGAACUUUGACCGAGAAGCUGCUUACGGUAUGAGACUGAACAUCCCGGCUGGAAACGCAGUGCGAUUUGAGCCUGGUGAGACAAAGUCCAUCAAUUUGGUACAGGUUGGAGGUAAACAAGUAUUAAGAGGUGGCAAUGCAUUAUGUGAUGGUCAGUUGGACCCUGACAGAUUAAGUGGUAUCCUUAAAAAAGUGAAGGAUGGACAGUUUCAACAUCGACCUGAGCCUAAUGCUAAGCCGUCAACAAAGAAAUGCUUGAUUACUAGGGACCAGUAUGCCUACAUAUACGGACCUACAGUUGGAGAUAAGCUACGACUGGGCGAUACAAGUUUGAUUAUUGAGGUGGAGAAGGACUAUACAGUGUAUGGAGAGGAACUGAAGUUUGGUGGAGGAAAGGUAAUGAGAGAGGGGAUGGGCCAGGCGGCAAAUAGAUCUAACAGCAGCUGGGACGUCCUCGAUACCGUCAUUACUAAUGCACUCAUUCUGGACGCUGUCACUGGAAUUGUCAAGGCCGAUGUUGGGAUAAAGGAUGGAAAGAUAGCAGGAAUAGGGAAAGCUGGAAAUCCUGACAUUAUGAACGGAGUCACACCAGGACUUGUCGUGGGCGCGGGCACAGAGGCCAUUGCCGGAGAGGGUCUCAUUCUGACAGCCGGGGCUCUCGAUGCGCAUGUCCAUUUUAUCUGCCCUCAACUAGUAAGGGAAGCAGUGGCAUCUGGUGUCACCACAAUGUUUGGCGGUGGCACCGGACCAGCAACAGGCUCUAACGCUACUACAUGUUCUCCAGGACCCAACCAUAUCAGGGAUAUGCUACAGAGUACGGACGCCUUCCCGCUGAAUUUCGGGUUUACUGGGAAAGGCAAUUCUUCCUUUUCUGGAGACAUUGCCUCAGAUUUAGAGGAGCAGGUUGUCGCUGGCGCCCUAGGAUUGAAGUUACAUGAAGACUGGGGGACCACACCUUCAGCUAUAGACACAUGUUUAAAAGUCGCUGAUAAAUAUGAUGUGCAGGUGACGAUCCAUACUGAUACACUGAAUGAAUCAUCAUGUGUGGAGCAGACCAUUGACGCAUUCAGGGGACGGACGAUACAUACGUACCACUCUGAGGGGGCAGGAGGGGGGCACGCCCCUGAUAUUAUCCGAGUGUGUGGAGUUAAGAAUGUCCUGCCUUCAUCGACGAACCCCACUCGACCCUACACAGCCAAUACCAUUGAUGAACACUUGGAUAUGCUCAUGGUUUGCCACCAUCUUGACAAAAAUAUCAAAGAGGAUGUAGCAUUUGCUGAAUCACGUAUCCGAGCUGAGACUAUUGCAGCUGAAGAUAUUCUGCAUGACAUGGGCGCCAUUAGCAUCAUGGCUUCAGAUUCACAGGCGAUGGGACGUGUAGGAGAAGUGAUCUGUAGGACCUGGCAAACUGCUGACAAAAUGAAGCUUUUCAGAGGGAGACUAGCGGACGAAAAGGGUGAAAAUGACAACCUCCGAGCGAAAAGAUUCAUCGCCAAAUACACCAUCAACCCUUCUCUAGCUCAUGGAAUGGCACAUCUUAUUGGUUCAAUAGAGAAAAAGAAGAUGGCUGAUCUGGUGUUGUGGAAACCGGAGUUCUUUGGCGCCAAGCCUGAAAUCAUCAUAAAAGGCGGCCAGAUUGCUUGGGCUCAAAUGGGUAUGCCAAAUGCAUCAAUUCCUACCCCGGAACCAAAGAUGCAAAGGAAGAUGUUUGGGGCAUAUGGCAAGGCAGUAGGAGCCCAUUCUGUGGUAUUUGUAUCACAGGCUGCUGUAGACAAGGGUGUAGUGAAAGGAUAUGGCCUAAGUAAAGGUAUUGAAGCCAUCAGAAGGUGUCGGGACGUCAGUAAAGACGACAUGGUCCUCAAUAAUUUCCUACCGUUUAUCACAGUUGACCCUUGUUCCUACAAGGUGAUGGUCAAGAGCUCGGACAAUGAGGAAGAGACACCUGUCCACCUGACUUGCCCUCCUGCACGCAGACUCGCGCUAGCACAGAGAUAUUUCUUGUUCUAGUAUGUUGCACAAGAAUUAUUUAACCUCGAUACGCAGAAAACAAUAAUGAAAUAAAUUUGAGUGAACACACUAAAAGCAAGAAGAAAAGAGAACAGUGAAAAGCAAGAAGGUGAACAAUGAAAAGCAGGAAUGUGAACAAUGAGAGGCAGGAAUGUGAACAGUGAAAGGCAGGAAUGUGAACAGUGAAAGGCAGGAUGGUGAACAGCGAAAGGCAGGAAUGUGAACAGCGAAAGGCAGGAAUGUGAACAGCGAAAGGCAGGAAGGUGAACAGUGAAAGGCAGGAAGGUGAACAGUGAAAGGCAGGAAUGUGAACAGUGAAAGGCAGGAAUAUGAUAAGUGAAAGGCAGGAAGGUGAACAGUGAAAGGCAGGAAUAUGAUAAGUGAAAGGCAGGAAUGUGAACAGUGAAAGGCAGGAAUGAGAACAAUGAGAGGCAGGAAUGUGAACAGUGAAAGGCAGGAAUGUGAACAGUGAAAGGCAGGAAUAUGAUAAGUGAAAGGCAGGAAGGUGAACAGUGAAAGGCAGGAAUGUGAACAGUGAGAGGCAGGAAUGUGAACAGUGAAAGGCAGGAAUGAGAACAGUGAGAGGCAGGAAUGUGAACAGUGAAAGGCAGGAAUGUGAACAGUGAAAGGCAGGAAGGUGAACAGUGAAAGGCAGGAAUAUAAGUGAAAGGCAGGAAGGUGAACAGUGAAAGGCAGGAAUGAGAACAAUGAGAGGCAGGAAUGUGAACAGUGAAAGGCAGGAAGGUGAACAGUGAAAGGCAGGAAUGUGAACAGUGAAAGGCAGG